AUGGCUUUCUUCCUGCCAACAACCUUAGCCAUUAUUGCUCUUGUUUUCUCAUUUGCUCAUGCUUUUGAUCGAAGCCCUCUUCAAGACUUCUGUGUUGCGGCAAAUGAUCCCAAAACUACUGUUUUUGUGAAUGGAAGGGUUUGUAAAGACCCAAAAAAGGUGACAGAAGAUGCUUCUCCACCUCCGAAUCGUCUCGAUGUCAAAACAUUGAAUGCUGGAGAUGUUUUUGUGAUUCCCCCAAGUUUACUUCAUUAUCGGGCAAAUGUUGGGAAAGUUAAGGCAACCAGUUUUAACAGUUUAAACAGUCAAAAUCCUGGCAUUGCUCCUAUUUCGUCUCUACUUUUUGGAUCAGUUCCGACCAUUUCCGUCGAUAUCCUUUCCAAAGCUUUUAGAGUGGAGAAAGAAACCAUUGAACUUAUAAGGUCAGAGUUUGCCUAG